AAUAAAGAAUUAAUAUCCAAAGUUGUUAUAUUAAUGGUACCUGGAUUAACUCCACAAUUUUUUGGUAUGGAUCAUGAAACUGCUCGAUCUGUUAAUGGCCCUAUAGAUCUUAAAGAGUUAUGUCAGAAUGAUUUAUUGGGUGAUAUUGAAUCUAUCAACAAAAUAAAUGAUGUCUUCCCAGCAUUAUCUGAUAUUUUCUCACAUGCUUGUAUUUGGAAUAUUUAA